AUGAAUUUCGAAGACCUCUUGUGCGAGGCUGGAGGCUUUGGCAAAUUCCAGGUCCUCAUUUUGCUCCUGCUCUGCCUCCCGAGGCUCUUCCUCCCUCUCCAUUUCCUCCUGCAUAACUUCCUUGCGGCCACCCCGGCUCAUCACUGCGCCAUCCCGCAUCAGGACCGCUUUGCCAACCUCACCAAGGCAGAGGUGCUGCUCAUCAGCAUCCCGAGGGAUUCGGAAGAAGCCUUCAGCUCCUGUGAGAUGUUUUCGGAGCCUCAGUUCCACCUCCUGCUCAACUCCUCCCAAGAGUUGACCAAUGGCACAUCGGUCCAGAGCUGCCAGAAUGGGUGGGUUUAUAAUCGGUCCCAGUUCACUUCCACCAUAGCUACCCAGUGGGACUUGGUCUGUGAGCAAAAAGAGCUGAAUCACGCCACAGCAACCUUCUUCUUCAUUGGCGUCAUGCUUGGAGCUCUCAUCUUUGGCUACCUGUCAGACAGGUUCGGCCGGAAGACCAUGCUCCUGGUGUCCUAUGUGUGCACCCUGAUUUGUGGGAUGGUGAGUUCUGCGUCUGUUACAUACAGUAUGCUGGCGGUCAUGCGGACCCUGACAGGCAUGUCUAUCUGUGGCCUCUCUCUCAUCGUGGUGCCUCUGGGCAUGGAAUGGGUAGACAUCCAGCAUCGUACCGUUUCUGGGAUCAUAACCAGCAUCUUCUGGAGCAUGGGGAAUAUGCUUCUCGCUCUGAUCGCCUACCUGGUGCGAGACUGGCGGUGGCUGCUCUUUGCUGUUACUUUGCCAUGUGCGGUGGGCGUGGUCUCUAUGUGGUGGGUCCCAGAAUCUGCCAGGUGGUUGCUGGCCAAAGGGAAGCUGAAGGAAGCUCGCGGGCAUUUGCAAGCUUGUGCCAAAAUGAAUGGACGAAAGGAGUUUGCUGCCAAGAUUAACCUUGAGAUGCUGAGCAAGACAGCAGCCAUGGUAGAGCAGAAGCUAGGUGGGAGUUAUUCUUACGUGAGCAUCUUCCGAACACCGAUGCUGAGGAAAAUCUCCUUUUGCAUGGGGGCCGUGUGGUUUGGGGUGGCUUUUUCCUACUACGGCAUGAGCUUGAACAUCACUGGCUUCGGCCUGAGCAUGUACAUGACGCAGUUUGUCUUUGGGGUCAUUGAGAUCCCGGCCAAACUCAUUGUGUACCUCGUGGUGAAUCGAUUUGGACGGAAGCCGAGCCAGGCCUGGUCACUCAUCCUAACCGGGUUAUGCAUAGGAGUCAACAUUGCUGUCCCAAGGUCGCUGGGGAUUUUGCGUUCUGUGGUUGCCAUCAUAGGCAAAGGAUUCUCUGAAGCUGCUUUCACCACCAUCUUCUUGUAUUCCUCGGAACUCUACCCCACUGUCCUCAGGCAGAAUGGGCAAGGGUUCUGCGCCUUCAUGGCACGCCUGGGUGGCUCGGUGGCUCCUCUCGUCUUCAUGCUGGACAGCCUAUGGAAGCUUCUGCCCCAAGUGAUCUACUGCAUCAUGGCCGUGCUCUGCGGCUCGGCAGCCUUCUUCCUCCCUGAGACGUUAAACAUGGAGCUGCCGGAGACUGUAGAGGAUGUUGAAAAGCGAAGCUCAGAAAGGAAGAAACACCUGCAUGGGAAGGUGUCUGAAGUCGUGCCUCUGCAGUCGUUACAAAAGUGA